AGAGCAACUGUCCCGCUGGCGUAGCUCCUCCCCCUGACGGAAAUGGUCCCUUAGGCCACUUGGCUCUAGCCUCAACCAUCCGAUUUGCACUCAUUUCACCGUCACGUACAGGUCUCACCAUCUCGGGAUACACGGAGUUGUUACGGCGCAUCACGUGUUCACCAGCCCCGCCCGGCAGUUCCCGUCGCCUGGUUACCGACUUCAAACAAUAUGGCGGCAUCGAGAAGAUCUGCACCGUUUAAAGACAUGCCAGUGUACCUAGUGGCAAGCCUUCCAUCCAGCAAUAUGUUACUGCAAGAAAAAGGAAACCAUUCCCUUGGCAAAGGGCUGGGUUCUGUCCCAAGUGAUUUCGAUCUUCUAAGCACCACCGUAAAACGAGUCAGUGAACUGGAGACAAGAGUGCGAUUACAAAAGCGAGAAAUUCAGUUAAAGGAUCAAGAGAUUGCCACCUUGGAGCAGAAGAUCAAACAAUUGGAAAGGCAGAGGACAGACCAUUCAGUGGAGGAGAAACAUGAUCAGGCACUAGAGAAAAGAUGUCAGGAACUACAGAAAAGGGUCUCUGACAUGGAGCAAUUCCUCUGUGACUAUGGACUGUACUGGGUUGGUGAUGAAUAUUCAGCUGAUGCCUCAAAGCAAGAGACCCACAGCAGCAGCUCAGGGCAUACUUCGCACACUUUCCACAUAGACUUUGACUUAAUCCUGGAGAACUUGAAGGACUUGAAUGUGCUUGGAGGAGACGGUGUAUCACAUAUAGAGUAUAAAGGGGGGGCUGCCCGACUGAGACCUCCUGAACCACUUCCACUUACAUUAUAUAGUAAUGGGAUCAUUAUGUUUCAGGGGCCAUUCCGUUCCUACCAAGAGGCAUCAACACAGCAAUGCCUUAGAGACAUCAUGGAUGGAUAUUUCCCCUCUGAGUUGCAGACACGCUUUCCUGAUGGAGUACCAUUUCAGGUUACAGAUAUGCGUAAUGUGGUAUUCCAUGAGCGAAGGCCAUGGGAUGAGUUCCCUGGUACUGGUCAAAGUGUUGGAGGGGCAGAAGGUCAUUUAAGAGAGACCAGCAACAUGAACGGUCCACGACUUUCUGUGGAACAGUUCUUGAGCAGACUCCCUAAAUCUAUUAUACAUGGUGGGCGUGUCUUGGAUAUUCAGGGACCAAUCAGAGAAGCACUACAGGGAUCCAACAGUGAGGAGAUGCUAAGCGAAAGCAUUGUGGAUUCUCCCCUUGUGGUGUCAGUAGAGAAGAUGUCCCAGACAAAUACAGUGUUCUCCAACUUGCGAAUAAAGUCUGAAAAUGGAGAUCACACAUACAAGGUGCGAAUGCUGCCCACUGAGACACUUGGAGAUCUGCGGGCCAUCCUGGCACAACACAGAGUGUCUGAUGUUGCGUCCUUUGAUAUAAUUAGCAGUUUCCCUUACUGUGUUUAUGACAACAACACUUGUACUCUCCAAGAGGCUGGUCUUGUACCCAAUGCGUCCCUCUUUCUGCGAAGAAAAAACCUGAGAGAGCCUGGGGAACUGAAAACUACUUCUGUCAGCAAAACCACUGGACUGUAAUUUUUAAGCAUUAUUGCAAUAGAUAAAACAUAAUUUAGUCUUUACUUUUGUAGAAGAUGUGAUAGUAUUGGAUCGUCACUUUGAUGCAAACUAACAAAGUUGCCUCAAGCUGUGAUUUGCACACAGCUGACUGUAUGAGAAGAUGAAAGAUAAUUAAAAGAUAUCGCAUUCAA